GAUCUACAACGUCUACAACGUCUCUCGCAAAACAUCAUUGACUAAUUUACUUUAUUACUUUAUUAUAUUUCAUUAGAGUGAAUUGCGUUUAUCGACUUUCACAUUUAAGAGUAAUGUCAGCCAAUACUUAAAAAAUACAUUUAUUUACCUUUGACCUAUGGUUACCACGUGAUCUGCAAAACAGUAAUGACCUCUCUUUCUAGCUAGUGGUAGCUAAUCAGGGAGACUUAAUGCUAACAUUUCCAAAUUGCAGGCAACAUUUCCCACAAUGGACCAGACUAAACAAGAGGGGGAAUAUGGAUACGACUUAUUCCCGGAGAGGCAGGCGAGGAAGUAUAAGAAGGGAUCCAUCGCGGAGAGCCUGUUCACUUUCAACCACAAGUGUCAGGUCAUGUUACAGUUCGCAAUGGAAACUAGUCCGUAUGCCAAACUUCUCCUCAGUGCCAUGACAAGUUCAGGAUGCAAGGCAUUGAGAGAUCGUCAUUUCUCCUGUGAAGACUGUGACGGGACCGUCAGUGGUGGCUUUGAUGCAGCUUCUUCUCAGAUUGUUCUGUGUCAGAACAACAUACACCAGCAGUCCCACAUGAACCGAGUGGUCACACACGAGCUCAUCCAUGCCUUUGAUCACUGCCGGGCCCACGUGGACUGGUUCAACAACUUGAGGCACCUAGCUUGCUCUGAGAUACGGGCAGCAAACCUCAGUGGAGACUGCUCCUUUAGCAAUGAAGUCGCCAGAUUAAACUUCGGCUUGAAGCAGCAUCAUCAGGAAUGUGUCAGAGGCCGCGCCCUCCGCUCCAUCCUGGCUGUGAGGAAAAUUAGUCGUGAGGAGGCAGAGAAGAUAGUCAACGAGGUCUUUGACACAUGUUUCAACGACCACGCGCCGUUUGGCCGAAUCCCACACAGCAAGAAGGACGCCAAGUUUGCCUACAGAGAUUAUGAGAACAGAGAUCGAUAUUAUGCAAACCUUUAGUGUCGUCACAUUCUCAUUCAACUCCCAAGGGUGCUGAGACCGGUGGUGAUGCUGACAUGAGCUUGGCAGCGUCAGGGCCUUGGUCAGCAUGAAAGCCUCAACAGAAUGACUUUGUGUUGAAAACGAUCAUAUCCUUUCACAAGGGAUUUUCGGAGAAUGGUUCGUCCUUGAAAUAUUAAGGCAAAGGAAGGAGCUACAGUACAUUUCAUUUUCUACCUUUCACACGCUGAUUCUGUAAAAAGGGAUUGUAAGGACUGAUUUUGCUCUGCAAGUUCAGUGUUAGUUGAGGCACCAGUGAUUUUUGUUGUUUGUUUUUAAGUGAUCAGCAGGUGCUUUUAAGGAAAUACAAGAUUUCCUUUUCAUCCAUCCAUGAUUGCUGUGAAAGUCCUAUAAUGACAAGCAAGGAUGUAUUUCUCUGACUGCUGGCUCUUUGUCUUGUCACCACAUUGACCUCCAGUGAUUUCUUGUAAAUAGAGCUUUUGCUCAAAUGAAACAGAAUCAAAUGUAUUUGAAUUAAAGUUUGAUUCCUCUGAAAAAGUACAA